CUGAGGUCGCGGCUCUCCCGCCCGCAGGCUGGGGGGCGGGGCGGCCCCAGUCCCAUCCCCCGCGUCCCAUCCCCCAGCGCAGCCGGGCCUCCACAUCCUCCCGGCGUCUGUCCUCCCCGCGUUCCCCACGAGAGACAUGGCCGGGAGCAGUGAGAAGGCGCCAGACUCCGGGCGAGGCGUCGUGCUUAUGGAUAAUUGGCCGGGAUAUGACUUGGAUUUAUUCACGUAUCCACAGCACUAUUAUGGCGAUCUGGAGUGUGUGCUCAUCCCUCAUGGCAUCAUAGUGGACAGAAUUGAGCGGCUGGCUAAAGAUAUAAUGAAAGACAUAGGCUACCAUGAUAUUCUGGUCCUGUGUGUGCUGAAAGGAGGUUAUAAAUUCUGUGCUGAUCUUGUAGAACACCUUAAGAACAUCAGCCGAAAUUCAGAUCGAUUUGUCUCUAUGAAGGUGGACUUCAUCAGACUAAAAAGUUACAAGAACGACCAGUCCAUGGGUGAGAUGCAGAUCAUAGGAGGCGAGGAUCUUUCAACACUGGCUGGAAAGAACACAGCCCUUAGAAAGCUGCUAGGCCGUGCCACAGACCAGAUCCUUGAGGCUUCCAAUUCCAGUCUCAUUUCAGACAACAAAAGCCCGGGCCCUAGCUGGGCUUCUUUCUACUCACCUCAGAGGCACCCUUACCCCAAGGAAGCUUUCUCUUUGAAUGUCCUCAUUGUUGAGGACGUUGUUGGAACUGGGAGGACCAUGAGAGCACUGCUCAGCAGCAUCGAGAAAUACAAACCCAACAUGGUUAAGGUAGCCAGUUUGUUGGUGAAGAGAACAGCCAGAAGUGACAGCUUCAGACCUGACUAUGCUGGAUUUGAGAUCCCAGAUGUCUUUGUGGUGGGCUAUGCCUUAGACUACAACGAAUACUUCCGAGACCUAAAUCACAUAUGCGUGAUCAAUGAACAUGGGAAGGAAAAAUACCGAAUAUGAUGAAGCAAAAAUCCUCAACGUCUCUUUCUCAGAUAACAUGAUUCUUCUGCUCAGGAAGCCAGAGUGUAAAGUCCGUCUCCCUAGCUAUCUUCACUCAGCUGGGUAUAAAAGAUUUUUUUUUAAUGGGCUCAUUUUUGCCCCAAGCCCCAGAGAUUAUAAUGUAAAUACUAAAGGUUCUUCAGGAAGAGAAGACUAUGCCUGCCUUUGACUCAUUCCAAAUUAAACUUCUGAUCCCCCCAAUCCCUCCCACCUUUCUGCUCCCGAAUACACCUUCUGCUUUGGUAUGUCACUAUGCUCAAUGGCUCUUCCCAGGGGUACUCCCACCCAAGAACUCAAAUAUUGUUCACUUAACUCCUUUAGUGCUAGACUUUUUAUUAUAUAUCACAUUUUACAGUAAUCAGAACCUACGGUCCCUUAGCUUUAGCCCUGAGCCUGUAUAGUAAGAACGUAGCUAAAUUCCCUUGCUAAUCCAGGAGCGAAAGGACAGCCUCACGUGAGCGUCUGUCUGUUUGCCCGCUCCUGACAGGCCGUUAUUAACUGCUUUGACAAAGCCUUUCAGAAGUGCGGGUACAAUGGACCUUAAUGAUGUUAUGAAAUGAGCCUUCACUGUGUGCUCUUGAGCUUUGCUUCCUGUGUGUGAUGACAGCAUGUCGUGUGUGCAUGGAUGUACUCAACUGUGUUUAAUACUCUGCAUUUUAAUUAGGAAAAAACACAAUGGCAGCACGGCCCGCCCUCCUGAGCGGAAUCCUUUUAUCCACGUGGGAUGUGGGCAAAGGGUGGGAUUGAGAGGCAGAGGGUGUUUUUAAAAAAUCAGCACUAAGCAAGUGUAAAUUUUUUCUCUUAUUUGCAUGGAAGAAUAAGAGAGUUAAAUAUUGUCCUAAACAUGAGCAGAGGUUGAAUUAUUUAGCUAAAUGUCCUUACAUGACUUCUCACACAAUCCAGGGUGCCAGAGGAAGCACUCACACAUACGGAAGUUCUUGUACAUAACACCACACACACACACACACACACCUAUUAGCACCAUCAUAUGUGACAUUUCCUAAUUUGUAGGGACUUUAAUUAAAAAAUAAGCUCAAGAGUCCACAGUGCUGGGUAUCUUGCCUCCUAAAAGGAGCAAAUGCAAGAUAACUAAACAGCCUUUGUUUGAUUCUGAACCAUCUGUGGCAUAUUGCUAUAUUGUAGAGUCCUUUAAACUAAUAAUAUAAUAAAAAAAGACAUGUUUCACAACUGCUUACCCCUCAUAUACUUUUAAUCAUUGAAAUGCGUGUGAGCCAGUAGCCUAAAAACAUGACUGUGUGUACCUAUCCCAUGGUCAACCUGGAUUAAAUCCAAAACAUGCACUAAGAUAAGUAAACAUCAAGCCAGGAGCCAUCUGCUGCUUUCCUGUUUUCCUCCCCAGACUUGCUUUGUAAGAACAAGGAAUUUUACUUGUGAAGAAAGAUUUCCCUGCAUAUCUCUGUCUCAGCCAGAGAAGAAAACAGACUAUGCCCAGAUUCCCCAAAGGCGGAAGUCACAAAGGGAGUCACUUCUGGCUUUGUUCCAUACCCAAGUUACUGAUUAAUAAUUGUGUAGGACUGCAUUCAUAAAACUCACAUUUUAUAGACACUUUCCCACUAUGCCAUAUUUCUACCCAAAGGCCUAGAAAAAUAGACACGCACUUGGUUUUGAAUAGAAAUUUAUCCAUGAAGUAUGCAGCUUAGAAAUGUUUUCUUAAAAAUCUUGCAUUUUAAGAAAACAUCAUUAUCAUUUGUGGGGAUUGUGUUUGUUCAGAUUAGAAAGAAAAUUGAUCUAUCUCAAAAUUGUGAUGGCUUGUAUAUUUAUGCAUCAAAAAGAAAAAACAGUAAAUACAUUUCUGCAUUUUUUUGUAUCAGACUAUUCUGAUGCUGAUAUGAAAGACUGUCAUCUUGGGGAAAACAUUAUUUCUUUUUCUCUUGCAAAGCUCUGACUGGGGUUUGAUACUACUGAGCUUACUCACAUCACUCCAAAAACAUAAAAUCCAAUUAGCAACAAAUCCGUGUAUUUAUUUAGCAUUUGUGAGGGACUAGCUUGGUUACUUUUCUGUUGUGAAACCAUGACGAGAGCAACUUAAGGGAGAAAGGAUUGUAGUUCCCCAUUCCAGGCUGCAGUCCAUCCUGCAGGGAAGUCAGUCGUAGCGGCAGGAGCUGGAAGGAGCUGUCACACAGCAUUCAUCCAUACUCAAGAAACAGAGGAACGCAUGCCAGUGCUCAGCUCACUUAUAUCAUUUUAUACAGUCCAAGAUCCCCUGGUCAGAAAAUGACCCCACCCACAAUUAAGAUGAGUGUCCCACAUCACUUAAUGUAAUCAAGAUAAUACCCCACAGGCAUGCCCUGAGGCCCAUCUCUAAGAUGAUUCUAGAUUCUGUCAAGGUGACAACACUAACUACCACAGAUUUGGAGUAGGGCUGGAAAUGUGUCUCCGUAGUGGGACCCUUUCCUGCCACACACAGCCCCAAUACCACAAAAGCAAAAAAGAGUGGGUAAAGAAGUGUAUGUGUUAUAUUGGAAAUUUUAGACUCUUUAAACAAUAAAAUUAGUAAUACCUUGGGGUUUUCCAAACAAAUUAAAAUGUCUAGUUAAAAA